AUGCCCUCCUUUCCGCCCCCUUCUCCCUCCCGUCCCCCGCCCCCGCCUCCCAAGACCGUCAAGCUCAGCUCCCGCAAUCUCCUUCGACUUCCCUACCGCCUCUCCCAUCCUCCUCCAUCUCAGCCAAAGGCCUCGCCAUGGGGAAUCACUCCCCACUUUCGCAUCCCUCUUGAAGAGAUUCUCGAUCGCAAGCAUCUUCCUCCCCUCGGCCUCAAGGACUUCGAGGAAUGGAUGCUUGUCAUAGACCGCAAACCAGAGUGUUUAUACUUCAUUCUCUGGUUGCGCGAGUACAAGGCUCGCUACACCGCCUGGAUGCGCAAGUCUCGGCUGAGUUCUCCUAUCCGUUUUGCAUCGAACCCGGACGCGCGCACAUAUCGCUCCGAGUCUCUCCCUCCGCCCCCCAACCCCGCUCUCGUCGACUUCUACGCGCGUGCCAAAGACACGUUCCUUACCCCAUUCGCUCCCUACGCACUCCCUCUGCCUCUCGAUGUUCUCGCCGUCUUCUUCGUCCCCACCGACUCUCCGGUCGCCAACCGUCUCGGCACUCCAGGAAGACCGCCUGUGCCCCCGCGUCCUGAAACAUUCGCGGAGGUGGAGGAGCGCGUACUGGCCAUGCUUUCGGAUAGCCUCGACCGCUUCGUGGUCGCGACGUUCCACAAUGUCGGCAUGCCGCGUGCACACUGCGGUUGUGCCGGCGGCACGGUCAUAGGACUUCUGGGAAGUGUCCCUAUCCUAGUCGCCAACUUCCUAACGGGCGGAUCGCGCUGGUGGCGUUUCUCGGCCCUUCCGGGGCUCUGGCUGGGAAUGACGAUCGUCAUUUCCGCUCUCUACGGCGUUUGCAUGAUGAUCUACGUCUUUGGUGACUUUCGGCAACUCCGCUCGUUCGAGCUUGCCCGGGUGCCCAGCGUCCACGGGUCCGACAAGGAGAAAGCGACCUUGGUGGACUCACCAAGUCUCUCCGCGAGACCUAAUGUUCAAACCCCAUUGACUAGACCUCCGGCCUUGCGACAUCCAGCACCAUUCUCUGUCAGCCCUGUUACCGCCCCAUCACCCCGUUCGCCGCCUCCCAAGUUACGACUCACUACGCCACCACCUGUCCACACGUCCCAUCAUGUCCACACGUCUCGCGCAUCCGCCUCUCACGCCCACAUGCUGUCUGAGUCCUCCUCGAUAUCUUUUUCAACGCAGGCCUCCCACAGACCUCUGUUCUCUUCGCCUUAUUCCACCUCGUUCCAGGGCCAUGCCCUUGAGGAAGAAUCUGCGGAUGAAGAGGACUGCGAGCAGGCAUCUGAAGUAUCUGACGUUUCGACUGCUCGUGAAAAUAGGAGGAAGUCGCAACCACCGCCUCAGGUCUUUGUGUCCGACGUGAUAUACGACGCUGACCCAUCCGACGAUGAACUGGAUCUGGAGCUCGAAGACAAGCCCAUGCGACAGUUUGAAAGUCGGUCAUCGAUGACGGGUGCUACCUUCAUUUAUCCCUUCAGUUGGGAUAGCGUCGUCGAACCUCCGCGGACAUGUGAUAUAGAGUAUCAGACACAACUCGCGACAGAGUCCCAGAGGAUGGGUGCCUUCAACUUCGACGGACUGCCUCCACGACCCCCCAGAAAGCUCGACGCCGACUCCCCACUUCCAGCGAACCCCCUAUCGGACCCACCUGCAUCUCCAAGCCCUCCCAUCAUCUUGGAGAAGCGGCCUCACGGAUCACAAUCCUCUUCUGGAAGCCAGGGCAGCGAGAGACCCCAGUCGUGUUCGCCUGCGCGGAGGCGAUUGCAAUUUGGUCCGAUAGGCAGGGCAAUCGGAAGGCUCCAAACGAAGUGCGUACCGACCCACAUCUCCUCAUACGUCAUGGUCAAGUACCCCAACGCUUCUGCCCCGGAUGCCAACCUUUCCAUGUUGCCCGAGGCUCCAGCAAGCGCAGGUUCUCCGGCGUCAAGCGCAGGCUCCCCGUCUUCGCCGUGGCAGACCUCGACCUCGGUCCAACCGGCGACUGACCAUGAGGCCGCGGCUCCCGUACCGCAGGAGGAGGGCGCGUGGAGGAAACGGCUCAGAGGAGUGCUGCAGGUCCCUGCCUUCGCAUCGCCCUUGACGCCGGUGCUAAACCCGGUCGUCACGCGCGGACAAUGGGAGAUCGUGGUCAGGAGCGCCUUUAUAGCGUUCGUGCUCAGUGCGAUCGUCAUUGGGGGGUUGGUGGGCGUCCCCGAGGCCCACCAGGUAGUUUCUCCGACUCUCGCGAAACUCGCGAGGGGGCGGCAACUCACCUCCACCGGUCGAGUUCGAGCCCGCGGGCUCCGACGCGGGCGAAGCACCGUGAGGAGCCUGCGCGGAUGCGCGCGACGCGACUCGACCCUCGAUCGUGGGCGUGCGGCCGCCGUCGGCGACGCGCACCGCGACGUCCUGCCUGCGCACGCCGGGCAGCUCCGCCUCGACGACGUACGCGUCCGCGCGCUCGUGCACGUCGAGCGCGGGGCGGAGCGUGGCGCCCGCGAAGAACGGGUCGUCGAAGAGCCUUUGGUGCGGGUCGUGGGUGAGGCGGUCGAGGGUGCGGAGGGCGCCGAAGGGCGCGGGGCUGGCGCGGUGGAUGGGCUCGUCGAGCAGGCGGAAGAAGGGGCGGAGCUCGCGGAAGAACUGGCGGGUGAGGGACAUGGCGGGAGGUGGGUCGGUGCUCAGGGGGGAGUGUGCAAGCAGAGGUGA